CGUCGACGAACUACAGGAUGAGUACUAUUAUCCGACCUCCAAUGAUGAAGCAGGGCAAGCAAAUUUCCCGCACGUUGGACGAAAAUACAGUGAAGCUUGACCUUGAGCCAAGAUGAAGGGGUCAUGGAACGGAAAAGAAUAAGAAUGCCGAACAACAACUAGCAGGCAUUCUUGCUGUUAUCAUUCGACGAAAAUUGAAGUCAAAAGUGUUCUGUUGACGACGUUUUAGCUGCCUCACCGUGCAGGUGUCCUUUCGGUCUCAAGAAGAGCUCAUCACAAGCGCCAGAGGUGGAAGAUCGAUAGCUACAGGAAAAGACAUCUUCAUCGCGGUUCAAAGUUUUUUCGAAUAAAGAAUGAUUGAAGAUUUACGUCAGAGCCGAUGGUAUAAUUUUCUUUACAUAAAUAGAUCUUUACUGCAUCAAGGGCGGUCACAGUGGUCGUGGUUUGUGGCUUUUUUUUCUCGACAGCACGAACAGUUGUUUUCAAUUUGAUUUGAAGAGCCUCUCCUUUUUCUUUCAUAAAGGACUUUGAACAAAAGGAGUAGUUCUAAUUUGAAGUAGAAUACUUAAGUACUUCGGAGCGUCGAAAUGGCCUCGAAGGAUCCGCUGCGUGGCCUGCCCGAGCAGGACUUUGACGGAACGGGCAUCAAGGUCGGCAUCGUCUGCGCGCGGUGGAAUCCGGAAAUUUGUGGUUCGUUGCUCGACGGCGCGGUCUAUCAAAUGCAAAUAUGUCUGGGUCUGCAACAAGGAUGCAAGGUUUGUCAUGCUUGUCUGGCAUGACUAAAGAGUUUGUGAUGAUGCGCGUCCAAGAAGAGACCCUUUGUUUUGCUUGUCACGCAAAGACGCAGUUCGUCAUGCGGAAAGCGUAACACCAAGCCACGCAAAUACAAUUUCUCGUGCUUGGCUGUGCAUUGCAGAGCAUUCACUACUUACAAUCCGGCAUUACAAAUUUCCAGACCCAGACAUAUUUGCAAUGCAUACGGUCACGACGCUGCAAAGUGCGGGCGCCCAGGUCACGGUCGAGCGGGUGGCGGGCGCGUACGAGCUGCCACUGGCCGCGAGCGUGAUGCUCCCCCAGUUUGUAUCACAAGAAAAAGUGGUAACGCUAACGGUGUUCACCGAUUGCAGUCAUGCAUCACAAAUGGACACUGAGCUUAUUAUGCAUGCUUUAUUAUGCAUGACAAAAUUUGAUGGCGCGUUUAGUGGUGCAUUACUGCUUCACAAAUUUUUCCAUUAACGUUAACACUUUUUGCUGUGAUAGUUUGACGGCGUGCUGGUGAUCGGGUGUCUGGUCAAGGGCGAAACGAUGCACUUCGAGUACAUCGCGGAGGCGGUCUAUCCUGAGCAAAAACGUCCCCACCCCAGAGCUGUCGUGCACAUUUGCAUAUCUACAGGAACACUUGUAAAAAUGCGCACGAUAUCCAUGAAAGUCAUUCCCAAGCCUGUUUUGGCAUUUGUAAUGCUGUAAACAGGACGAGGAGAUGGCUUUGUGAAGAUUCACGGCUGUCCUUUCUGAAAUGCACGACAAUUAUACAAUUUAGAUCUUGUUAUGCGUGACUCUGACUCCUCAAGUAGCCGCUGGAUUUGUCUUUGUAUUGCUAUAGGUCCUGAACUUGACUCUGGGGUCGUGGGGACGCGUAUUUUGCUUAGGAUACGGCCACGCAGGGCGUCAUGCGGCUCAACCUGGACAGUCAAAAACCGGUCAUUUACGGCGUGCUCACGGUGCUGAACACACGACAAGCGAUAUCAUAAAGGGAAAUCUAAAUCCCCCCUACUCCCCGUUGCAAAAUCAGGUAUGAGUUUCGGAAAGAUUGAUUAUGUUUGUGAACCUGAUGAUUUGUCACCACAAAUCCGCCGCCGCACUAUGCAGGCGAUUUGUGGAGAUCCUGUUGGGCGGCCGACAGGCUAGGCAUCUGCCAUUCUGAGUUUCGUUUAGGUAUACUGGGAGGGGGGAAGAAUUUUCAUCUGGAUAGGUAAAGGAGCGAAGCGGUCUCGACGGCGGGGAGAACAGCGGCAUCGAAUGGGCGAAGACGCUGAUGGAAAGCUGUCGACAUUGCCAGAAGUACAAAAGCGGCAGGAACUCACCUUCCAGUGCAGCAGCCAGCAAGGAUCGCACGUGCUGAGCUUCUGAUCGUUUUUCCUAUUAGGUACCCCAUCUUACUGGAAAAUCGAUCAGUUUCACUUCUCUGGACAAGAACUAGUCAACAUAAGUGCAUUUAGUGAAGAUUGUGGGAUGAUGAAAUAGAAGACAUCAACGGAGGAAGAGCAGAAGCCUUGUGCUUAGAAUUUUCUACAAGAAGUGAAGCAGAGUGUUUGACUCGACGAAUAAGAAGUACCUACUUCCGCCUUGGAUCGCAUGAAGAUUCUGGAUUAUUUUUAU